UUUUUUUUUCGUUUCCUUCCCGGAUUCGACAGCCCACGGGCCCCCAAUCGUACGAAACCCUAGUCUCCGCCGCCCCCGGCUUCUCGCCCUAGAAUCCCCCCAGCGCAGACACACGCCACCAACCAACAGAGAGCACGCACCGCCACCGCCGCCACCACCACCACCACCACCACCGCACGUCAUGGCCGUAGCAUCUGCGUGGGCCAAGCCCGGCUCAUGGGCCCUUGCCGCCGAGGAGCAGGACGACCUCCCCCCGCCGCCGCCGCCCGCUCCCGCCGCCGACUUCCCCGACCUCGCCACCGCCGCCACCACCAAGGUCCCCAAGAAGAAGAAGCCCCAGCCCGUCUCCCUCGCCGACUUCGCCGCCGGUAAGUUCGUCGCCCCCGCCUCCCGCAGGGACCCCGCCCCCAUCGAGCUCCCCACCGGCCCCCGCGAGCGCACUGAGGAGGAGCUCGCCAACGCGCGCGGAUUCGGGGCCGCGCGAUGGGGCGGCGCAGGCGGUCCUCGCGGCUCCGACGAGCCGCGCCGCGGUGGAUCUGGCUCCGAGGACUUCGGCACGUCGCGCGCCGACGAGGCAGACGACUGGGCCGCCGGCAAGAAGCCUAUUGAGAGGAGGGAAAGGAUGGGAGGGUUUGGCGGGGACUCCUCGGCGUCUCGUGCCGAUGACGUCGACGACUGGGUGUCCACAAAGAGGGCGACUCCCGCCCCGUUCCCAGAGCGCAGGGAGCGCGUCGGCGGGGGGUUCGGAGGCGACUCGCACUCACGCGCUGAUGACUCCGCGAGCUGGAUGUCAAGCAAGAGCUAUUCUGCGCCCCCGCCCCCGCCUGCUGAUGGCCGCAGGGGUGGGCCAGUUUGGGGUUUCAACAGGGAUGACGGUCCGGACGCUGAUUCUUGGGGAAGAAGGAGGGAGGAGGUGAGCAAUGGUGGGGGAAGCAGUGCUGGCCGGCCUCGUCUGAAUUUGCAGAAGCGGACAGUGCCAAUUGCCAAUGGCACUGAUGGAGACAGGAAGGAGAAAGAGGAGAAGGGAGAGGAGCGACCAAAAAGCAGGUCUUCCAACCCGUUCGGAGCUGCCCGCCCACGUGAGGAGGUCCUUGCUGCAAAGGGGGAGGAUUGGAGGAAGGAGGAGCCUAAAAUGGAGAAGUUAGAGAUUCAACCGAAAACUAGGUCGUCGAACCCAUUUGGAGCAGCUCGCCCGCGAGAGGAGGUGCUUGCUGAAAAGGGUGAGGACUGGAGGAAGGUUGAUGAGAAACUUGAGGCGAUGAAGGUGCGAGAAGCGCCGCCCGAGAGGUCCUUUGGGAGGAGGGGUUCCCCGGUCGCAGGAGAGGAGAAUGGGAAUGCUGUACCAGAGAGCCGAACUGAGAGAGCUUGGAAGAAGCCCGAUGAAGUUGGUGCUGCAAAAGAAACUGAAGAAGGAUCUGAAUCAACCGAAGAGAGUGUGGUGGCAAAUUAAUCCUGUGCCAGUCCACGGUGCGCAGGCAUUUUUGCAAUCUGAUGGUCAAAAGAAGUCGUCUACUAAAUAUAUUAGCUUGUUUUAUUUUUGUUACUCGUGUGCGUCAGCAGUUGUAACGCUGAGUCAAUUUUGGGUCUGUAAUUCUUUGUUCUAGCAGCUGGUAAUCCCCAAAAAAUGUUGUCUUGAAUUUUGAUGGGAUAUCGUGCCUCAAGUCUUACUGGAGUAGUAUUAUUUAUUGUGUAUUGUUAUGCUAUGUUGACCUGGUGAUAAUGUCUGGAAGAUGUUUCUA